AUGGAGAAGGAUAGUCAAGCUGAGGAUACUCGAAAAGAUGAGAUUGAUAACAAUGGAGACUAUACAACCCAUGAUGCUGUAGGAGAUCUCACGUACUCUGAAGCUGAAGACAUGGACAUCGACACCACCUUACCCUCCAGCGAGUUCAGGCUACCUGCAGAUUAUCUCUGUAAACACAAUGGACGAGACACCCUAAACAGUCCUCAUGAAGAGCCGUUGAUGAGUAACCUUCGUUUGAACAGCACUAUCCCAGACAUUAUCACCACAGCAGCGUCUUUACCUUAUCCAACAGCCAUAGCUAGGAUAAAAGACUUAGGGAUACGAGAUGAAGACCAGGAAUGGAAUAGGAGAGAGAAAGUUAUUCCGCCGUACUUGAAAGCUGCGUAUAGAAAGUACCCGAGUCCCUUAGCUCCCACUUUGCACCCAGAGAAAAAGUUUCAGGGUAAGGAGGAGUGGGAAGAAGAUGAUAUCAUGCAGAAUUUGGAGAUUGGAGAGGUUUUGAACCUGACUGAGAGGACCGAAAGGGGCACAGGAUAUCUUGGUUCGGACCAAACAGUACAUGAUCUCGACGCCUUUCUUGGUUGCGCUUCCAACAAGUCUCCUUUCGACGAGUAUAUCUCUCCUCAAGAUCCUCUCAUUAUUCGCAUGGCUAGUGUAUCUAAUCAUGGCCAUGAUCCAGAUUCAGGCCUUUGUUUACCUGGUAACGACAAUGACGACGACGAGGGACAUGAUUCCAUAUCUGGCAUUAGUGGAGAGGCUUCUACUACACCUACUACGACUAAGAAUAAGAGAACUCGAAAGAGAAAGGGGAAGGGUGCUGGAUCUGGAGAUAUGAUGCCGAGCCAGCUACCUGCUGGUACGCCGUCUGCGGCUGUAAGAGGGAAAAACAUGGAAAAGAAAGUAGCCCUAUAUAUACCAACAGCGGCUUCCAGUCGGGAGAACGAGCAACAUCUAAGUGCGGAUGAGCUGCCUACGCCCACGAGACCUUUGAUUCAGGGACCGGAAUCAAGUUCAAACGAGCUGUCUGAGCACUCGAAACUUUCAGCCCCACCAGUGAGUAUAGAUGUAGAAGCUGCUCCCAGUGAGUUGGCACCCUCUGCACCCACAACAUCUACAGCUUCAUUUCAAGCAGCAGGAAGAGACGUUCCAACUACACCACUGACCCCGGCAGAACCAGCUGAGCACCAGACUCGGGAUCUAAAGGCCGCCAAUGAACCUUCCAAAGCAGCACAUUCAGAGCCAGCAGUGGGAACGUCCACUCGCUCAGCACCCAUAUCUACGCCUACACCUUCAACCAACCCCAGAACACCGCCUCUCCCCUUUCUACCACCACCCCUGACCACGCCCUUAUUCCAAGUAACCGCAUUCCCACCCUCUUCAUCCCCACCCUCUUAUUCAUCAACAUCCUCAACCCCCUUCCAAUCAAUGCCCAAACCACCUUUCAUACGUACACCACCCAUCCCAUCCCACCCAGCUCUCAAAUCUCCCUUCGGAGCAGCCGUACCAAAAGAGAAGCAAUUACCACCUAUACAGGAAGGGAGCAAAGCGCCAACUAUGAUUAGCCAUGCGCAGGGUAUGGAACUCCCGAGGAGGAUGUAUGAUGGGGAAAGGCUGUUAAGGGAGAGGGCUGAUUUAGAGAGUUUACUGCGAAGAGGGGGUGGGAACCGAGAUCUAGUUGCAUCUGGUGACAGUAGGGAUGUCGGUGAGGGCUCUGGGAGAGGGCAUACUGCUGGGUAUAAUUAUGGUGUAGGUUUUGGAGCUGGAUUGGAGGUGCCGAGUUGGGGUGUAGUUGGCGGUGGGAGUCGUGAUAAAGUGGAUGUUGCAGUGCAAGGGGAAGGGGAACGGAGAGGCGGAGGAGAAGAAAAUGUCGAACGUUAG